UUACCACCAGAUCUGACUAUCUUGUCCGAAGGGGAUCAGAGAUGGAAGAGGGCGGGAGGAGGCAGAAGCACAUCAUCCUAGUGCAUGGAGCCUGUCAUGGAGCCUGGAGUUGGUACAAGGUGGCGACACUGCUGAGAUGCGCCGGGCACCAGGUAACGGUGCCCGAUCUCGCUGCUUCCGGCAUCGACGAGAGGAGGCUGCACGAGGUGUCGACCUUUGCCGACUACUCCCAACCGCUGCUGGACAUCCUGGCCGCGCUCCCACCUGGGGAGAGGGUCAUCCUGGUGGGCCACAGCUUGGGGGGGAUGAGCGUGUCCCUGGCCAUGGAGAGGUUCCCCGAGAGAAUAGCUGCGGCCGUCUUCCUUACGGCAUUCAUGCCGGCUCCCGCUUCCCGGCCGUCCCACGUCCUAGACAAGCUUUUCCAGGAGGCUCCGAUGUCAUUUUGGAUGGACACUCAGUUCAGCUCAAGUAGGGACCAAGAGAAAAGCCCUGUCUCCAUGUUGUUUGGUCCCUUAUUCAUAUCACUCAACCUCUACCAACUCUGCUCUGUCGAGGAUCUCACGCUGGGCACGACCUUAGUCAGGGUUGGAUCACCGUUUUUAGAAGAUCUAUCAUCUGCACCGCCUUUCUCUAAGGGCCAUUAUGGAUCGGUUGAUGUCGUCUACAUCAUUUGUUGUCAGGAUUUAGCAAUUACAGAGAAAUUUCAACGUUGGAUGAUCGAGAACAAUCCAGUUAAAGAGGUGAAGGUGAUUGAGGAAGCAGAUCAUAUGGCAAUGCUAUCAAGGCCAAAAGAGCUAUGCGAAUGUCUCUUAGAGAUUGUCACUACCUAUGUUUGAUUCGCUUCGUGUUAUCUUCUAUCCUACUAUGGGUAUAGUUAAUGUUACUGGUUUUCAUCUUGUUGUUGCUACUAUUGUUCCUUGUACCUCCAACUUUUACUUAAUUUUCAAAAUAUGGCUUCAUAACUAUCAA